GUCUGGUUGGGUAGCUGACUACUUGAGGGUGUACUGUCUCUUUAAGAAAAACGGGCAUCCUCUCUGUAGCGUAGAUUAGAGAAACCGGGGACUUUUUCAGUUUUGACGUUUGCAAAAACAACCUGCAGAAAAUAAAUUGUCGAGCGGCGACCUUUGAGUCUGUCUAGUUAGAGCCCUAGGAGGCAGUUCCUCAGCCCGGGGUGGCAAUUGGCUGCGCGUGCACUCACUGCGACUCCCCUCUUGUGUCUCGCUCGAUCCAUUUCCUAUCACGCGUUCUGUAAAAUUGCCUACACACACACGCACGAUGUGGUUUGCGUGUGUAUGCGUGCACCGGAACCCAAAGUCCGUCGGUGGCGUCGGCAAAUUUGAAGAUUAACGAGGUUAUCUUCCAUUCGACCCGCGGAGAGAGAGAGAGAGGACCAGAAAGCACAGACUGCUGCGCCGACCUGCUUGCGUGUCGAGGCGGAAAGGGAGCCUGGCUCUGGCCAGCUGCGUUGUUGGACUGGAUCGAAUUGGACUCAGCGAAGAGCAGUAGGACUAUAUAAAGACAAGAGGGGAAAUAUGAGCGAUAAACGGAUGUCGCGGUGGUAUUUUGGGGGGCUCGCCUCCUGUGGGGCUGCCUGCUGCACCCAUCCUCUGGACCUCAUCAAAGUCCACCUGCAGACCCAGCAGAAGGGGAAGAUGGGGAUGGUGAGCAUGGCCAUGCAGGUAGUGAAGAACGAUGGAGCUCUGGCUUUGUACAACGGACUCAGCGCAUCACUCUGCAGACAGAUGUCCUAUUCUCUAACUAGGUUUGCUAUCUAUGAGACAGUCAGAGACAUGUUGAGUAGCAGUAACCAGGGGCCCAUGCCUUUCUACCAGAAGGUGCUGCUGGGGGCCUUCGGAGGUUUUACUGGCGGGUUCAUUGGUACUCCUGCAGACAUGGUGAACGUCAGGAUGCAGAAUGAUGUUAAACUUCCCCCAGAGCUGAGGAGAAACUACAAACAUGCUGUGGACGGUCUCUUCAGGGUCUUCAGAGAAGAGGGGGUGAGGAAGUUGUUCUCAGGAGCCACCAUGGCCUCCAGCAGAGGAGCUCUGGUCACGGUGGGACAGUUGGCAUGUUAUGACCAGGCUAAACAGCUGGUGCUGUCUUCAGGCUUCAUGGGCGAUAACAUCCUCACACACUUCCUGUCUAGCUUCAUCGCUGGAGGCUGUGCUACAUUCCUGUGUCAGCCUCUAGAUGUGAUGAAGACCAGGUUGAUGAACUCUAAAGGAGAAUACUCAGGUGUGAUACACUGUCUGAGAGUGACGGCUAAAGAGGGACCCAUGGCCUUCUACAAGGGUCUUGUUCCUGCAGGGAUCCGUCUGAUUCCUCACACGGUGCUCACCUUCAUCUUCCUAGAGCAGCUCAAGAACAACUUCGGCAUCGUCAUCAUCUCCUGAGCACGCUCCAUGACCUACGACCUUUACCCUCUAACCCCCUGUCCCCUGCAAACAUCAACCAAUCCCCUGUCACUGCCACGGUGCCACCCCCCCAUGGCCCUGCGCUGUCCAAUCCCACAGAGAGGUGGUUGUAGGGAUGGAAUGUCUGCUAUGCUAUCCUACCCGGCCCUCUUUAACCUGCUCUGGAAUCAACCAAUCACCCGGGGAAAAGACUACGAACGAACUGCCUGCACCAUCACAGCCUUGUCCACAGGAAGAGUUGUCAUAGCAACGCCAGUCAAACCCUGCUGUGACAUCAUCUUCAUGUCUCUGUCAUCAUCAAUAGUGUCGUUCUCAAUGGGGGAUGCGCCUCAAAUCAUACACUAUUCCCUAUGUAGUGCAUUACUUCUGACCCUUAAUCUGUAGUGCACUUAACAUGUAGCUCUGGUCAGAAGUAGUGCACUACGUAGGGAACAUAGUGCCACCUGAGUUCACUCCCUAAACGAUGUUGAUGUGUUUAUACUGUAGCCUUCCACCACCAUCAUCAUGUAUCACCCAAACCUGUUCCAUUCCACACCACACCAGUCCUCAUGUAUUACUAGCAGUGUACUAGUUAUAGUAGUAUGUAUUACUAGUAGUGUACUAGCUGUAGUAGUAUGUAUUACUAGCGGUGUACUAGUUGUAGUAGUAUGUAUUACUAGCGGUGUACUAGUUGUAGUAGUAUGUAUUACUAGCGGUGUACUAGCUGUAGUAGUAUGUAUUACUAGUAGUGUACUAGUUAUAGUAGUAUGUAUUACUAGCAGUGUACUAGUUAUAGUAGUAUGUAUUACUAGCGGCCUACUAGCUGUAGUAGUAUGUAUUACUAGCGGUGUACUAGUUGUAGUAGUAUGUAUUACUAGUAGUGUACUAGUUAUAGUAGUAUGUAUUACUAGCAGUGUACUAGUUAUAGUAGUAUGUAUUACUAGCGGCCUACUAGUUGUAGUAGUAUGUAGUACUAGCAGUGUACUAGUUGUAGUAGUAUGUAUUACUAGCGGUGUACUAGCUGUAGUAGUAUGUAUUACUAGCGGUGUACUAGCUGUAGUAGUAUGUAUUACUAGCGGUGUACUAGUUAUAGUAGUAUGUAUUACUAGCGGUGUAGUAGUAUGUAUUACUAGCAGUGUACUAGCUGUAGUAGUAUGUAUUACUAGCGGUGUACUAGUUGUAGUAGUAUGUAUUACUAGCGGUGUACUAAUUAUAGUAGUAUGUAUUACUAGCGGUGUAGUAGUAUGUAUUACUAGCAGUGUACUAGCUGUAGUAGUAUGUAUUACUAGCGGUGUACUAGCUGUAGUAGUAUGUAUUACUAGCGGUGUACUAGCUGUAGUAGUAUGUAUUACUAGAGUGUACUAGCUGUAGUAGUAUGUAUUACUAGCAGUGUAGUAGCUGUAGUAGUGUGUAUUACUGUAAAUCACUACCACAUUGUGGUUCUAACUGAAACCAUCAUAGAUACUGUCACAUCGGGGGGUGACGAUGACAACGGGCCCUCUUCCUGUUUAUAACACUGUAACAGCGGCAGGUAGCCUCGCGGUUAAGAGCGUCGGGCCAGUAACCCGAAAGGUUGCCGUGUCGAAUCCCCGAGCUGACUAGGUAAUACAUCUGUUGUUGUGCCCUCGAGCAAGGAAGACACUUAACCCUAAUGGCUCUGGAUAAGAGCGUAAAUGACUCAAAUGGUCAUGUACUGUGACAGGUCAGUGCUAUUCCUGUUCAUAAGUGAUGCUUAUUACUGUGACAGGAGAUCAGUGCUAUUCCUGUUCAUAAGUGAUGCUUAUUACUGUGACAGGUCAGUGCUAUUCCUGUUCAUAAGUGAUGCUUAUUACUGUGACAGGUCAGUGCUAUUCCUGUUCAUAAGUGAUGCUUAUUACUGUGACAGGUCAGUGCUAUUCCUGUUCAUAAGUGAUGCUUAUUACUGUGACAGGUCAGUGCUAUUCCUGUUCAUAAGUGAUGCUUAUUACUGUGACAGGUCAGUGCUAUUCCUGUUCAUAAGUGAUGCUUAUUACUGUGACAGGUCAGUGCUAUUCCUGUUCAUAGGUGAUGCUUAUUACUGUGAUGAGAUCAGUGCUAUUCCUGUUCAUAAGUGAUGCUUAUUACUGUGACAGAUCAGUGCUAUUCCUGUUCAUAAGUGAUGCUUAUUACUGUAACAGGAGAUCAGUGCUAUUCCUGUUCAUAAGUGAUGCUUAUUACUGUGACAGGUCAGUGCUAUUCCUGUUCAUAAGUGAUGCUUAUUACUGUGACAGGUCAGUGCUAUUCCUGUUCAUAAGUGAUGCUUAUUACUGUGACAGGUCAGUGCUAUUCCUGUUCAUAGGUGAUGCUUAUUACUGUGAUGAGAUCAGUGCUAUUCCUGUUCAUAAGUGAUGCUUAUUACUGUGACAGAUCAGUGCUAUUCCUGUUCAUAAGUGAUGCUUAUUACUGUAACAGGAGAUCAGUGCUAUUCCUGUUCAUAAGUGAUGCUUAAUACUGUAACAGGAGAUCAGUGCUAUUCCUGUUCAUAAGUGAUGCUUAUUACUGUAACAGAUCAGUGCUAGUCCUGUUCAUAGGUGAUGCUUAUUACUGUGACAGGAGAUCAGUGCUAUUCCUGUUCAUAGGUGAUGCUUAUUACUAUAACAGGAGAUUAGUGCUAUAACUAGAAUCUUAUGAAUCUCACGUCAUCAUCUCAGAGACAUUUGUGAGUGGCAUUGGGUGACAUAGGGUCCUAUUCCUGCCUAUAAGGGAUGCUGCAUAACAGGUUAUAAUGCCAUAACAACAUGGCUAUAAAGCCAUCAUCUGCUUACAGACAAAGGUACUACACAGAAGAAGUUGCCCCUAGGCACUGAUUCUGGGUCAGACAUUAGUUGCAUCCCCCUACCAGUUAAAAUUACUGUUGGGGCUAGGUGAUCUGAUCCUAGAUCUGUGGUUAGGGACAACAGUAGAAAUUCCCACCAAGGGCAAUGUGACGAGGAGAUAUAACUGGACAGAGAUGAGAGAUGUAUAGUGAAUAGGUUGUACACUGCAUUUGACCAGGCCCCAUAGGGCCCUAUAGGAGAUCAUUCAGAGAUACUGUGAGUUAGAGAGAGAUACUGUUUACUGGGGACCUGGAUGAAACUGCUGUCUUUAAGGCACUUUAUUAAACACACACACACACACACACACACACACACACACACACACACAGGUGCACUCAAACACACACAUAAGCACACUCAUCUAAGACAAACAAACAAACCCUACAGGUAACUUUAGGCAGUUAUCUGUAUGUAAAUAGGGCCGUUUGGGGGCCACACCCCCACAGUGAGUUCCAGUGAGUCAGGAUGCCUUUCCCUCUGUGGCCUCCAGGGGGCAGCAUGGUACUGUGUGUGUUUGGGAGACUGGUCAUUAUGAAUGAGUAACAUGAUUAUUAACAGACACUUAUGUCUCUGUGUGACUGAGAGGAUUCAUUCAUAAAUCCUACUGUGAGGUUGUGUGCGUGCUUGUGAGUGUGUGUUUCAGUUAAUUGUUUGACUGUAUUUGAUAGACCAUUAUUAAAGAGUGGUAUUGGGAACCACCCCUUGUACACAUGCACACACACACACAAUCUCUAGGAAUGGAAAUGAGAUUGUAGGACCCAGCUCUGUGCGGCUGUACAUGUAUGGGUCUGUAUUUUGUAGAUUGUUUUUUGAAUUAAAAUACUAAUAAUUAAUAACUGUCA